UAGGACUUCAACCGGGCCUUUGCUUAGUUUUCAAUAGUUUUUCAAGGCAAGACACUAAAAAACGGAACCGAAAAUGGAAAUGCGUGAUCGGCUGUACCAUUUAAUGGUGAGCCAGAGCAUUUUCUCUCGCACCACGGUAACCGAGAGCAUGGCCAAGUUCGCGAUCCUGAAUCUGGACAGUUCCGAUUCCGUUGAGAAGACGGUGAUCAAGAUCCUGCUGGUGAUCGAGGAAAAGUUUCGGAGUUACUUUGAGUCCUACCAGAAGGAGCUGGGCCUGCAGAGGAUCGCGGCACAGACCCUCAGCCAGCUGAUCCAGCGCUACAAGAUCACCAUGCAGGUGGAUAUGAGCUGCAUGAGCCCGCACAUCUACGAGAUCGAGUCGGAGGAGGCGAUCAUCAACAAGUACUAUCUGCACUACCAGGUGAUAGUCAGUUCCAACAAGAACCAGAGCUGGGCCGUCCACAGCCUGCGUCCGUAUGUUCUGAUCUUUCGCCGCGAGUGCGCCAAGCUGGAUCUGAAAGAGGAGAGUCCCUUUAUCCUGGGCGACGCCUUCCACAAGCCGUUCAAAUUCUAUAUAGACCUGGUGGAGGAACUGUUUGCCUACUUCUUCAGUGGUCACCUCCAGCUGGACUGCGCUGCCCGCCAGCUGGAUCCCCUGGACCUGAACAGCGUGGAGUACUACCAGAAGCUAUUGGCCCCCAACGAGGACUUCGACGAGUACUUCAUGCACAACAUAAGCUUCUGCAAGUGCCUGCGUAUGCCGCCCAAGUGUCCGCCGUAUGAGUGCCACAAGCUGAUCAAGGACCAGGCCGAGCCCUAUAUCAACCAGGCCAAGAAGAAGCGCUGUGCCAGGCGCUUCGACAAGAUGGCCGGAAUCGAGCGGCUGAGCUCGAAGCGGGAUAGCACUGGAACGCAACGGAAGGCCUCCAUCUCGAGCAAUCAAAGUGGAAAGUCAGCCAGGAGUAUCAGCCAGGAGUCGAAUCAGGAAGCCGCUGGGGAACAAGAGGGCCCCGAGAGGCAUGAAAUGGACCUGACGGAUCAUCUGAGGACGGCCUUCAGUGUGAACGACAACAACAGCCAGCUGACCAGGCAAUAGAGAGCUAAUCCAUGAAUCUGAUUUAGGCCAACUUAAUCUGUAAUCAGUCAAUUAAACGAGCGAAGUGCACGUGAUUGCGUUCUCAGUUUCUCGGAAAUGUCUGCGGAAAUGUAGUUACCCCCGUUGCCCCUCGGAUAUUUGCUGCACGCAAGUUAGAGUUGGUUACUAUGUACACACACACCUACUUCAAAGAGAUUUUGGUCAUGGCUGUGCAGCUGGUAUGGCAACCAGACUUGAGCACACUCGGUACUCAAAGAGCCUUAAUUAAACGCAAACUAAAGUUUUCACUUCAAUUAAGCGGAAAAUUUCAAAAUUUGUUGCCAAGUAAGUAAAAACAACUCUGGUGGAUUG